AUGGAUGUUUAAAUUUUUAAUCAAAAUUAAAUAUCUAAUCUAGGAUUAAAAUUAAAAAUUCAAAUUUUAUAAAAAAUAUGGGAAGCAAAAGAGUCAGAGUUUCAAAAGUCCCUUUAGUAAUUUGAAAAGUAAAGAUAAUUUCUAAUACUGCUAAUGAAGAAAGAGGAGGAUUAUAAUAGAGCUUAGGCAGGAGGAGAAAUAUAUUUAGCUGAUGAUAGUAAUUUGAAUAAAGAAAAUAUCAUAUAUUCAACAAUAAUUUAUAAUGUUGCCGAGGUUUAUGGGAUAACCAACUCAUUUAUAAAUAAAUGA